AUGCAGGAGUUCAGCGAGCUCGACCGCACCCUCGUUGCGGAGGCGCCCACUAUCCCAACGUACCGGCCCAGUUCACAAUCUUCCAAACGGACAUACACCAUGUCUGCCUUGGCGCCAAAGUAUCAACAAUAUCUGUCAAUGGCAGACGAGGUGCAGGCCACAAAUAAGUCCCAUGCGCGGCCAAGCAACGAGAAUGUCAACGACAUCUUUCGAUAUCUUCAGACUCACGCAUCCUCGCAAGGAAAUCCACAGACAACGGGAGCUCGAGAUAUGAUCAAAGCCGGACAGAGACGCCUUAAGUUGGCCCUUCGCACUAACAAGAAGGUAACUGAUUCGAAAGCCAAAUCGGACGAUGCUGCUCGCCAGUGGGCGGCACUUCAGCAGGAAGGUGCCUUUCCCAGGUCUCGAUACCGGAAACCUGAACAGAAGCCCGAACCGAACAAGAAUGCUCCCUCGAUAACUUCGAACUCCAAGUCCGUCUCUGACCUCAGCUUCAGGUCGAACUCAAAGCGAGACGUCGAAACUAUGGGCCGGCCAUGGUUGAACAACCCACUGGAGAGCAGGGAUGAACCAGGUUCGAAAGGGAGUAGCAGUCAGUUGUCAUCGCUCGAUCUUCAUGACCUUGCUUCGUUUGUUGAGGCAGCUGUGAAUUUCUCUUCCGAGUUCGACGACUCCAACCCUCCUCCCUAUCAGCCUUUGACGGAACAACUUUCUAAGGCUACGGACGGUGCCACGCCUCUUCUUGACCUCAAUCUACGUUCUGAUGCGCCUCAUACGUCGAAUUCCAGUACCACUACUGCACGGAGCUCGGAGGAUGUCAGCCCCAACGGCAGCCAUGAGCUACCUAGAACUCAGUUCAAUGGUCUGACUCAGUCAAGGACACCGAGCGGUCAGCAAAACUCUGGCAACCAACAUCUUGCCGAACUCAGAUCAUCCGGGGAUAUGAGCAUCCCCUCGAGACCGCCACGAACCAGCUCGUCAACCAGCUCCAAGGGCUCCUCGGCACCGCCAACGCCAGUUUUAAAAUUGUUCCCGGACACCAUGUCUCCGCGUAUGUCGAGCAAAGGGGCUCUGCGUGUUCCAACCGGCCGGUCUCCGACGCCUUCCCAAUCGUUUCCGCAACCACCAGUACCUCAGAAGACCAACACCUUAGCUGCUGUCAUUGAACCUGGAAACCGGGAUUCGAUCAACUCAUCUAGCAGUCUCUCCAAGAUAGAGGAGUAUGCUGCAGGCCCGCGCGAGGAGAAUCCACGUAUCUCUGUUGAUCCAGAGAGGCGUCCAGAAAACAAUGUUGACAGCGAAGAGGCCCAGGCCAGACAAACGAAACAUUCCCGUCGGCAUUCAACAUUACCUCCGGACGCUAUCGAUGCCUUUCCCAUUCCCGCACCUUUCAGACCAUUGCCGACAGUUCCGGAACCAUCUUCACGGACUCAAGCACGUGAGACUCAAAGGCCAUCAGUUGACCCCUCAUCAGAUCAGACGGACUCGACACGGCGGGAGCCUGAACUGCAAGCCAAGGCACCUCCGGACAUCAGUGUCUCUACGCCAAGUAGUCUCGGAAACAUCCAAACUUCGUCGAUAGGCCGUGCUUCGCCGUUUCCAAGACUCAUGGCAGAGGAGACGGAUCCAUCGACGGUACAGGAUGCUGCCGAAGCAGCUAGACUACUUCAACCUCGACGCAGUUCGCUCGGAAAAGCAGGACGAAGUCGUGAAGAAAAGGUCCGUUCAUUAAUUUUCAGGGACCUCGCCGCGAGUCGUUACAAGAAGUGCUCGGGGAAGACUCAAUUGACCGGGUCGCCACCAAGCGAGGCUCAGGGGCUUCAGGUGUCGUCGUCACAUAGAAUUGAAGCAACAUCCACACUCAGGGCCCAUCGACAAUACCAGAGAAAGAUUUCGCCCGGCCCUUCCUCGCCGCCCCCUAAUUCUCCUCCCCCAUCAGACCCGCCCCGACAUACUCUCCAGGGCCGUCGCUAUGGCAUAACCGCAACUAGCACAAUGGCCGCCACAAUUGAGAAUUUCGAGAACCUAUCGCGCCCUGCCCAGGAUCGAAAUGGCCGUGUCAGCCGAAAGACCAGUGUACGAGGCGCUGAACCGAAGCCUGGCAGACGAUCCAUGGAACAGAAUACUUACGACGAGCGAGCCGAAACUCCUCUACCAUCUUCGGACGAUGAAGGCCCAACAGGAGGCUUUUACUGGAAACCACCACAAAAGGCUGCUAAGAGUCGGCGACCAAGGCCAGCACCUAUUCUAAUUGACGAGCCUUCUCCACCAAGGGGACGAACGUUGAAGAAACGCCAUGAUUCGGGGCGUUUGAGUCCACCAACGCCGCAAGGCCAUAAAAACCGUGCCUCAGAGAGGUCCAACCACGCCCAUCCUGCUCCGCUUAACCACCACAGUCAUAAGGCCCACAGCUACUACGCCACAGAGCCCAAGCCAAAUCCUUCGCUUGAAGGACGCAUCGAGCACCUCGAGCGGCAGAACAAGAUCCUUCAGGCCGCUCUCCUCGCAGCUCUAGAUGUGGGGGUCAAGCAGGAUCUAUCUAGUUUAUUAGGGGCAUCAGCAGCCUCAAUGUCGACGAACGUCACACCUCCGCUCACAGGCAGGUCUUUUUCAACCACAACAAACACCUCCACCUCUGAAGCCCAGUCAACAGGGCAAGAGAGCCGUGGACAUACUGACAAAGCCUCAUACCGUCCAGAAAGCUGGGUCACAAGUUCCGAUUCAUUGAGAAAGGACAUUUACGAAAGCGAGGACGGUGCCGAUGUCAGGGAUCUGGAGGAGAUGAUGGAUGACUUUGACCUUGACUGGCUCUCGGAUCAAUCCAGCAUGAUGUGCUAG